UAGCAAAAGAUGGUAGAUCGCUUGGCAAACAGCGAAGCAAAUACUCGACGUAUAAGUAUAGUAGAAAACUGUUUUGGAGCAGCUGGUCAACCCUUAACUAUACCUGGACGAGUUCUUAUUGGAGAAGGAGUAUUGACAAAGUUGUGCAGAAAAAAGCCCAAAGCAAGGCAGUUUUUCUUAUUUAAUGAUAUUCUUGUAUAUGGCAAUAUCGUCAUCCAGAAGAAAAAAUAUAACAAACAACAUAUUAUUCCCCUGGAAAAUGUCACCAUUGAUUCCAUCAAAGAUGAAGGGGACUUAAGGAAUGGAUGGCUUAUCAAGACACCAACUAAAUCAUUUGCAGUUUAUGCUGCCACUGCUACUGAGAAAUCAGAAUGGAUGAAUCACAUAAAUAAAUGUGUUACUGAUUUACUCUCCAAAAGUGGGAAGACACCCAGUAAUGAACAUGCUGCUGUUUGGGUUCCUGACUCUGAGGCAACUGUAUGUAUGCGUUGUCAGAAAGCAAAAUUCACACCUGUUAAUCGUCGUCACCAUUGCCGCAAAUGUGGUUUUGUUGUCUGUGGGCCUUGCUCUGAAAAGAGGUUUCUUCUUCCCAGCCAGUCCUCUAAGCCUGUGCGGAUUUGUGACUUCUGCUAUGACCUGCUUUCUACUGGGGACAUGGCCACAUGCCAGCCUACUAGAUCAGACUCUUAUAGCCAGUCAUUGAAGUCUCCUUUAAAUGAUGUGUCUGAUGAUGAUGAUGAUGAUGACAGCAGUGACUAAGGACGUAUUUUGGAAUAUUUAAUCCAGUGCGUCUUUCUGAGAAAUCAGCUUUGAGGGAAGUGUAAAGUUCUGAGCUCUCUCUCCGUAUUGCUCUAAGCCAUGAAUUUGCCUGAAAAACUUGGAACCUAUGUGCCUCAAUAUGUUAUAUAGAAAGUAGGUCCCCUGCCUUCUCCCUCUCCCCGCGCUCUUCUACAGGGAUAGACUUUUGCAAAUAUAUCAGAUGAAAGUUUUUGUUUCUUAUUCUUGUUUAUUUCUAGUUUAUUUUUUUGGAAGGUUGAGAAAUAGAUGUUUAUUUAACAGAUCAUGUACUACAUUGUUGAUUUUGUUUCUGUUAUAUGGAAAAACUAAAAGCACAGAAUGAUGAAAAAAAGGAGCAUUAUGUGGUUCAUUAAUACUGUUAUUAGCUUUUUUCUAACCACCCUAUCUAAUGGUUAGGACAGCAGUAACAAAAAUACAUGAUUUGGGAAUACUUUGUUUGACUUGUUUUUAUACCUAGUGGUGCCUUAAAUAGCACUGUUACAGGAAAUAAGCCCCUACCUUCUCACUUUUUGGUUUGUUUGAAAAAUACACUGGUGCUCUUUGAAGUGAUAAAAUGAGUGUUUGUGAAUGGGUGUAAUUAGGAAAUACUUCUCAUCUGACAGCUACAAAUAACUAAAUUUAGAGGCAUUUUCAUUCUAUAUGAAUAAAUAUUUUUCCAUAAAAUAGUUGUGAUGAUAUUUUUACAUUCUAUAGGUCAAAUAUAUAAUUGUCAAAUAUAUAUUUUAAAUUAAUAAGAGGUUGUCAUUCUUAGAAAUUUUGUUGAAAUUUACCAGUAAUAUAGAAUUGUCAUAUUGCAUUGGCUUCUGCUUUUAGUAAGGCAUAUUUUUAGGUAUAAAUUAAUCUGCUUUGACAUUAAUUCUAGAAUGAAAAUCUUCUUGUACAACUCCUGAAAAUAAUCUUUUAAAAAAAUUCCAUGAUAGAGCACAGAUUUACUUAGAUUGAAAGAUUUGGAAGAAAUUAUGUGUAAGGAUGGUCAAGGCAGACCACUUUAAGUUUGACUAGACUUUAUAUCUCUAUGAAAGUAUUGUCUAUUUCAGUGUGAAACUGUCUUGAAUUUACAAAUAUAGUGUUAUAUUUUAUAAAGUUUUUACUCCCAAACAAUAUUUCUAUUUUUGUAAAGCAACUGUAUGUGUAAUCUGUUUCUGAAAUUAUUUUGCAACCUAUGAAAAUAGAGUAGCAAUUGGUAUUUCUAAAUUGUGAACUUUGAAUUGGUCUAGAUUUCUUUUGAGAAGUGGUCAGUUUUCACUCUUUGCUUUUGAGGCAGCCAUUAGGUUGAAAGUAUAUUUAUCAUAUAAAACUUGAUGCAUUUUGCACUACUCUCUCCAUUGUAUGCUGCAAGUAACUACAGUCUUUGAAAUAUGGAAAAUCAGCAUUCUAAAGUUUGUUUUAAGUUUGAAAUUUUUAAGUCUGGGUGUGUACUGCAAAUGUCAUGAGAGGUUUGAUUCAAUAACUUGUGAUGGAGGAUUCUUUGGUGUCUUUCUGUUUGGCUAAGGCACUAAUUUUACUUUACUGUUAAAUUGAAAGCAUCAGAGAUACACAGAUCUCCCUGUAGAAAAUGUGAAAGAAAAGCACAACAGAGCUAGGAUUUUUCUUUCAUGGCUUAUUUUAAUAUCAGAUGGACUUUUGUUUCUAAGCAAUAUAUACAUAUAAUCAACCAACAUAUCUGAAAAGGAUCAUGAAACUUGAGACAUACUAAUGGAGACUUGCUGGUACAUAGGAAUCUAGCAAAUUCAGAAACCAAGGGGAAGUGUUCUGAGAUAACAUUCACAUUGUCAACCUCUAUUGACUCUGUUUUCAUACAAUAAAAAAAAUUUUACAACU